AUGGCCGUGACAGGUGCCCUGGACAUUAGCCAGCCGAAGCCCUUUGAUCCCGGCACGCGGUACUGCGGGAAGGAUUGGUCCGAGAAUUCCUUGACCAUGGUCGGCUUGGUGAGGUUGCGAAACAUUGCGCAGCUUCUCUUGGAUGUGGCCUCUCAGCAAAUUCCGGGGGACUACGCCGAGCUGGGAGUUUGGAGAGGGGGCACAUGCAUAUUUGCGAAAGCCGUCCUGGAUGAGCUUGGAGAAAAGCGAGGCGUUCAUUUAUUCGACGCAUUCGAUGUGGCAAUACCUCACUAUGACCUUGAGGUUCGCCGCAAGCUGGUGACGUCUCCACGCAAGAUCCUGGAGUGGUUCGAGCUCUUCGGCGUCCGAACCAGAAAUGUCAGCCUUCACAGGGGGCUCUUCAACGACACGUUGCCAAGGUUUCACAAGAAGUAUGCUGGGACCCAGCUAAAACUGUCCGUAUUGCGCAUCGACGGCAAUUGGUAUGACUCUCAUCAAGAUGCCCUGUUCUACCUCUACGAGUUCGUGCCCGUUGGUGGCUAUGUGAUAUUUGAUGACGUGAUGUUUAUGCCAACUGCGAGGGAAGCAUGGGAUGAUUUCAAAGACGGCCAUGGUCUCACGGAAGAGCUGGUACCAAUCGAUUCCGCCGGCGCUUACAUCGUGAAGACGAGAGAAGUCAAAGUAAACUUCUCGCUGAUGAUGCCAGCCCGGGAUGCCAACCUGUGA